AUGCGCGUUGCCGCGGUGCUGCGGCGCGGCAGGGUGGACAUGGAGCCGUGGAUGGGCGUCAGCUGCUACCCCGUGUCGCCCAGCUUCGUGGGCGGCGUCCCGUCCGUCAAGCCGGCGUACGAUCACUACAAGAUGAUCCGACCGCAGCGACCACUUCGGGCGAUUGGCAUCACGGGCUCGCUUCCACCGGUGCUGCACAACCGCAUGGAACAGUUGGUGCAGCUCGAGAACGCCAUUGCGCUGCAACGCGUGGAGCGACAGGUGGAGAUGACGCUUUCGCAGCUUUCUCUCGGGAUCCGCAACGCGGAGGAUUUCUUGGAGAAGCAUCUGCUUCACGCCACGGUUCGUCCCGCGCUGCACACACUGUGGUUUCACGAAGGGGGCCUUCGGUACCACCAACAUGUUCUCUCCACACUUGGCGCACACCAUCUCGUUCCACUGUUUAGUCUCUUGGCCUACGACGUGGAGUGCGGCAAGAUGUCGCUCUACGAGGCAGUAGAGCUUUACGAGGAACUGAUGGACUGCUCCGUCGCCCAGCCCAAGGUCGUGCAGAGGGAGCUGACAAAUCAGAUGGUGCGCUGCUACUGCUUGAAUGACGAGUACGAGAGGGCGUUAGAUGUGGUGCUGGAGAUGAAGGCGAAAAAGAUUCGUAGGACCUUUGUGACGUACGCCCCGCUCUUUCGCAUGAUCCGCGCCAGCGAGGAUGCCGAGAGGCAGCUGGCACUUCUGAAGUUUAUGUACGACGUGGAGGGUGGGCGGCUGCUGAAGUUCUUGUACAUUGAUGUCCCUCGGAUGUUCUACAUGUUUGGUGUUUUUAUCCGCUACAAUUGGGCGCUCAUCAACUGCAUCUUCGCCGUUGUCUGCACCAUUGCCGUCCUCUACGUGGCGAAUUUCGGGCUGUGA